AUGAAGCCGCGCAAACGUUACCUAGAUCCCGGAGGCGAUGUUACUGAGCUUCCGUACACCACCAAACAAAGGCUUGCCGAAAAUCGGGCUGUGCUGCAGCAGGCAGCCGUUCAAGAUUCUCCAUGUGCCGUCGUCUCGUCGGCGACUUCUAGUCCUCGGAGCGCGUAUUCGGGCAAUUCGGGGUCCGACGAAGACGCUGUGCCUUCACCAUCGCCUCAACAAGAGUGUGAUGCCGGUGAUGCUACGCUGCAGUCAGAGCCAGCGCAGGGGGAAGAACCGCAGCUCAGUCCUGACGACCUGUUAGCGCUGGCUGUGAACUUUGCCAUCGAAUACGCGCUUCCGUGGAAGGGGGUAGAGGCACUGCAGAGGCUUCUCGCAUAUGUUUUGCGAAGGAACGAUCUACCAGUUACAAAAUUUCUAUUCAGAAAAAAUGCUGGUAUCAGCAUUGAUACUGCGAAGUUUCAUUUUUAUUGCAUUAAUUGCAAGGCCCUCGUCUCUGAGACGUCGGGCCUCCUGGCCGAAAGGAACAAUACUCGGGGCAACUGCAGUGUGUGCAGUAAACUUUACAGUGGGAGGGAUAUGCUGCGCGAUGGACACUUUUAUGUGAGCCUCCCGCUGCGCCAACAGUUGGCGUCGAUACUGUGCACGCAAGAAGUUGCGGUUGCGCUCCGAGAACGGCUGAAUGAGAUCGACGACGGCUGCAGACAGAGCGAAGGAGAUGAAAUGGGGGACAUCACGGACGGAAAGGACUACCGGGUUAUGCGCCAAAAAUUAAAGAAACAUGAUCUGAGCCUGACCUUCAACUCAGAUGGAAGUCCUCUCUUCAAGUCAUCCAAGUAUGCCAUCUGGCCAGUGCAAGUGAUAAUCAAUGAGCUGGCACCACAUCACCGCAACAAACGUGUGGUUACAACCACACUAUGGUACGGACAAUCCCAUCCGCAAAUGGAGUUACUGAUGGCAAGUUUUGUCCAAGAAUUGGAGCACCUCGCGCAAGAUGGCAUCACCUGGACGGACGGAACAAGCUCUUUCACUUCGCAGGUCUACCUCUUCAGCUGUUGUGCUGAUGCCCCAGCAAGGGCAAUAAUGCAAAACAUGCGCCAAUUCAAUGGGUAUUUUGGCUGUGGCUGGUGCUUGCAUCCUGGGACCAUUGUAGAUGGUAAGCAAUUUUCUAAACGUGCACACCAUGCACUCUUGUAUGGUAUUUAUGUAGCUGCAAGCCUCCAGCUUGGGGGCCAAUCGGCACCCAACUGGGACCAGGUGCGAGGCUUCUGGUCCCAGUUGGGGCCCAACUGGGACCAGUUGGUUCCAGGCUGGGACCAAUUGGGACCAGCUUGA